GAAGAUCCUCCAUAGCCCCAAGGAGCUGCGCCCUGCUGAGCUGCCCGGCCCGGCCCCACCUCAGGUCUCAGCAGUCCAUUUAAGGCCACCUGAACUCACGCACCUAGCAGCACACCCUGGGUCGAAGAAGCUCUUUGUUCUGCCUGUCGAGAAUCUGCUGCCCAUUAACUGCACUGUGUGGCUCCCAAGUUCUAAUUUUAUGUGAUAGUAGAAGAGACAUUGACCAGUCGCUAUACAAGUAGACUUGCAUCAUGGGAACGCUUACAAGUGGGAACACUUCAGCCUUCAGGGACAGCCAGACUUCCGCUGCAUCUUGGUGAUGGCCGUUCUGGGAACCAUGCUGGCGGCGGCCCUCCUGAUCCACACCUUCCUCCUUCCCUUCCACCAGUCGGUCUGGGCAGGAAACCUGACUGUGGCCUCAUUCGUGGACAACGCCUGCAGUGACCCCUGCAGGAUCGUGCUGGUGGAAAGCAUCCCUGAGGGGCUGACGUAUGAGGACAACAGCACUGCCAGUCCUUCCACCUUUGAGGCCUGGGGGAAGCUUCUUGCUGACGCCAGAAGCACCGUGGACAUUGCUGCUUUCUAUUGGAGCCUCAGAAAUGAAGACACGCAUACCCAGGAUCCGUCGGCCAGUCAGGGGGAAGAAAUCCUAGCAGGGCUGCUGAAGCUGUCCGAGAGAGGCAUCGCCACACGGAUUGCUGUCAACCCUCCUUCCUCCAGGCUGCCCAGCAGUGACCUCCAGGCACUGGAGGAAAGUGGAGCCCAGAUUCGCCAAGUAGAUCUGCCCAGGCUGACCACCGGAGUUCUGCACACCAAAUUCUGGAUUGUGGACCAGACUCACAUUUACCUGGGGAGUGCAAACAUGGACUGGCGAGCCCUCACCCAGGUGAAGGAGCUGGGCGUGGCUGUCUACAACUGCAGCUGCCUGGCCCGGGACUUGGGGAAGAUGUUUGAGGCGUACUGGGCCCUGGGGCUGCCUAAUGCCAGCAUCCCGUCUCCCUGGCCGGCCAACUAUUCCACCACCUACAACAAAGAGACGCCCCUAGGCCUGAAGCUGAACGGCACCGCUGCUGGGGUGUAUCUUUCGAGUUCUCCUCCAGCCCUGUGUGCCACGGGGCGGACCAAAGACCUCCAGGCUGUGCUGAGUGUCAUCGACGGGGCCCAAAAGUUUGUCUGCGUGGCUGUGAUGAGUUACUUGCCCACCAUGGAGUUCUCGCACCCCAGGAGAUUCUGGCCAGUGAUUGAUGACCAUCUGCGGAAGGUGGCUUAUGAGCAGAGAGUCCACGUUCGCCUCCUGAUGGGCUGCUGGAAGCAUUCAAAGGCAAUCAUGUUUCCAUUCCUGCGGUCCCUGGCAGCCAUGCAAGACAAUCGAACCCACUGCAACAUAGAAGUGAGGCUCUUUGUGGUCCCAGCAAAUGAAACGCAAGCAAAGAUCCCCUAUGCCCGGGUCAACCAUAACAAGUACAUGGUGUCGGACCAAGUAGCCUAUAUUGGCACAUCCAACUGGUCUGGGGACUACUUCCUCCACACUGCCGGGUCAGCUUUGGUGGUCAAUCAGAGCCAGGUGGAAGCCGGGGUCCAGCCUACCGUUCGUGAUCAGCUGCAGGCUGUGUUUGAGCGGGACUGGAACUCACGCUACAGCCGGGAAUUGAGCUUUCUGGGCCAGUGGGAGGAUCUCUGUGGGACCCAUUAGCCUAAGAGGUGGGCACCCAGACAAACUGGAUACUGGCUCCUGAGGAAGGCUAGGUUAACCUCCCCUCCCACAUUCCCAAAGGAACGGCUGGCCUUCCUCAGGACUGACAACAGGACUCCUGCUCUGAUGGGAGCAAACCAGGCUGCGCUGGAGCCUCUUUGGAGCAAAAUGUCAAGUGAAGGGUGCAGCGAACCAGCCUCUUCCUCGUCCUCCUCUGUACCCCGGUAGAAAUGUCAUGCUGUUGAAAAGCAGAGAACUCAGUCAGCUGAGCAGUGCGGGAGGAAGGCCUCAUCCCUUGCGGGCCAAUAGAGAGGGGAACACAUUCCUCCCAAAGGACUUUUUUCAGGACAGCAGCCCAAAGUCUAAUCUGCUCUUGCAUCAAACUUGGCAAAAUGUAUUUUUCAGGGAGGGGGAGGGAGGGGCUCUCUGUCCCUUUCUGUGUACACGUAGAGAACGGGUGGAGAGAGGAAUAGAGGGCAACAUGUUGGAUGUGGCUCCAGGCCCAAAGAUUGCAGCACCAACAGAACUCCCCCCUGGGGCCCAUGGCCAUCCCUCCUUUCCUCCCAUCCACAAAAAGUUUUACCAAAAUAUAAAUAACUGCCCAGUUAGGGGAGGGGGGAUUAAAUCUGUGUGAAGACAAAGUUGGGGGGGGGGGACACACACAACACAUCUACCUAGCCGAGUGCCACAAAGGCAGGCUGAGAUCAGGCUGCAGUGGGUCAACACGGGAGAGCAUCUCAGUCCAGGUGGCUUUUAGAUGCCAAGCCCCCCCCCCCCCGCCCCAUUUCCAGGCCCCCAACAAAGUGCUGGUUUGGAUCUUUAAUGCUGUCAAAGCACCCACCCGUUCUCUGAGACCAUCUGAGGAAAUGCCGGGAUGGACGCCGGCGUGUUCAGCGGCACAGCGCCGAAGGGUGCCUUCCUUCUCCAUGGACUUUGGCAUUGUUCCCCAAGGAGCUGUGGCCCACCCACUCCGUGCAGCCCUUCCAGUGAGAGUUGAAGAGCUUUUUAAAUGUCUGGAGCCAUUUUAAUUGGAACUUUCCCCCGGUUUCAAGGCCUUUGUUUUGUUUCGAGUUUUACUGUAAAAACUACAUCGGGACUGUUUGUUACGGCCAUGAGUUGCCGGGCCCUGUUUUCUGCCGAACGUUUUCUCAAAUAAAUCGGUUCAUUGGCGGC